ACACAAGAAAGGUUAGGUGGGGAAUUGAUCUUGAAGGAAGGGGCGGAGUCAGGGGAGUUCAUCGAUCAUGCAGCAGCAAAUGGCGGCAACGGUGGAGGAGCAGAUGAUGGUAAAGGCAAUUAGGGAGGAGCUCCCAUGGGAGAACCUCCCCAAGCGCAUCCAGGCCGCCCUUGUCUCCAAAGACGACUGGAACCGUAGGAUUGUAAAUUAUUGCAUACGGAAACGAUUGCCAUGGACCUCCUCUUAUGCGCGCAAAGUGUGCAAAGAGGGAGAAUAUUAUGAGGAUUUGAUGCGGUAUCUCCGCAAAAAUCUUGCAUUAUACCCAUACCAUCUUGCAGACUAUAUCUGUCGAGUAAUGAGGAUAUCACCCUUCAAAUAUUAUUGUGACAUCCUUUUUGAAGCUAUGAAGAAUGAGCAACCCUAUGACAGUAUUCCAAACUUUAGUGCUGCUGAUGCCCUGAGGAUCACAGGUGUUGGAAGAAAUGAAUUUAUCGAUAUUAUGAACAAGUGUAGAUCAAAGAUUAUGUGGAAGCUUAGCAAAUCAAUUGCAAAAGAGUUAUUGCCUGCACUCCCCGUAGACCAAGCAACAGAACCAUGGUGGACCGUUCGGUUUGUCAACUUCACAUUGGAAGAGUUUAAGAAACUUUCAGAAGAUGAGACUUCAGCAAUAGAUAAAAUAUCCAAGGAGGAAGUUAAUUCAUAUGUCCUAUUUGAUCCAAAUGUUAUAGAUGGUCUUUACAAGAGGGGAAUGGUAUACUUUGAUGUGCCGGUUUAUCCCGAGGACCGUUUCAGAGUAUCAAGGCUUGAAGGUUUUGUGUCAAAUAAGGAUCAAUCUUACGAAGAUCCAAUCGAAGAGCUAUUGUAUGCUGUAUUUGUUGUGUCAAGUGAAAAUGCCACAGUUGCUGAAUUGGCUAAAACUUUACAGGCUGACCUAUAUCAGCUUCAAGCAGCGGCAUCAUUUGCUUGUCGAUUGGGUUGGGCUGUAAAGCUUAUGGAUACCGAGUCUAUUCUUAGAGAUUCAAACUCAUCAACAAUACCUAGUAAUAUUCUUACUAAUGACGAUGAAGGUUCACAUAUGAGUAUCAACUCAGAAAAGUCAGGUCAUGAAUUGCUCAACAAUGAUUCUGAUGGGCCUAGGACAAUAUCCGGGGCUUCUUAUGUGGGUUUUAUUGUUGAUGCCAAUGUAACUUCAUACUUGAUGAUGGGUUCAUUAUCUCCAGGUCUAAAGUCUCAUGCGGUGACACUAUAUGAAGCCGGAAAACUCGGUGAUUCUUGCAUUGUUGAUCUAUGCAAUGACCUUGCUAGUUUAGAAGGAAAGAGAUUCGAAGGUGUGCUUCAGGAAUUUGCAAAUCAUGCUUUUAGCCUGAGAUGCUUCCUUGAGUGUUUGUUGUCUGGAGGGAUAGCACCAGAUGAAACUAUUGAAGCAAAUAAUCAAGAAUGUAGCAUACAAGAGAACUUCACCAAAACUUCAUCCAAGGAAAACAUUGAUGAGGGCAUUGGUAGUGUAGAUACUUCAGAGAUUGAUCAUUAUGAUGAACUAUCACAAGCAGUCCAGCCAAUGGUUAACUCUGAUGCUGCAGAUCAAUAUUCAUCAUCACCCUCAAGUAUUGUAUCUGAAUGUAAGAAAAGCACAGACAACAAUGAUUCUUAUAACAGUAAGACUUCUCAACUGAAUGGUUCAACUAACAUUAAUCCCUUGUCAAAAACUAAAAGAAGUUAUCGAGUCAAUAUUCUUCGUUGUGAGAGCUUAGCUUCAUUAUCCCCAUCAACACUCGAAAGAUUACUUCUUAGGGACUAUGACAUCAUGGUGUCUAUGAUUCCUCUUCCAUAUUCAUCCAUACUUCUACCAAGCACUACAGGGUUAGUACAUUUUGGUCCACCUUCUUACUCUUCCAUGACACCUUGGAUGAAGCUUGCACUUUAUACAUCUAGCAGCUGUGGCCCAGUAUCUGCUGUAUUUAUGAAAGGACAACGUUUAAGGCUACUGCCUGAACCAUUAGCCAGUUGCGAAAAGGCACUAAUAUGGUCUUGGGAUCAUUCUGUGGUGGGUGGAUUAGGAGGGAAGUUUGAAGGAAAUUUAGUAAAAGGAUGUCUUUUGUUGCAUUACUUGAACUCAAUGACAAAACAUUCUGCGGUUAUAGUGCAACCAUUGAGCACAAAUGAUCUUGAUGAAACUGGAAACCUCGUCACUGUGGAUAUCCCAUUGCCAUUAAAAAAUAUUGAUGGGUCAAUUGUGUCUACCAUAGCCAGCAUUGGCUUACCUGAGGAGCAAAUAUUAAAUUUAUCUUCAUUAUUAUAUAAUCUCUCCAGUAAAAUUGAGUUGGGUACAGUAGGUUAUCUUAGUUUAGUUAGGCUUCACAGGAUAAGCAAAUCCAAUGAAAUUAUAUCGAAGAAUGGCAAUUAUGAGUGGAUACCUUUGAGUCUAGAAUUUGGAAUUCCAUUGUUCAAUCCAAAAUUAUGUGAAAGAAUAUGUGAAAGAGUCGUCGAGUCAUGCAUGCUUCAAAAAGAUGACAUCAGUGAACAUUAUGAGGCAAUGCAGAAUGUGAGAAAGAGAUUGAGAGAACUUUGUGCUGAGUACCAAGCAACUGGCCCAACAGCAAGGCUCUUCAAUCAAAGGGGUAAUUCGAAGAAUUCACCACGCCAACUAAUCAACAUUGUUAGUGGCAGAUGGAGUCCAUUUCAUGAUACACUAACACCCAACCAGGGAGGAUCCCCACGUGAGCAUGAUAGGCUGAAAGUUGCAACACGCCAAAAAUGUUUCACUGAAGUUUUAAGCUUCGAUGGGAGCAUACUUAGGUCAUAUGCUCUCGCCCCUGUGUAUGAGGCUGCCACAAGAACUGUCCAUGAAGAUCAACCCACCACACCUGUAGCAAAACCAGAACCUGAUGAUGCAGACACCAAAGAUGUGGUCUUACCUGGAGUCAAUCUUAUAUUCGAUGGAGCUGAAUUGCACCCCUUUGACAUCGGUGCUUGUCUCCAAGCUCGUCAACCUAUUUCACUGAUAGCUGAGGCGUCAUCAUCUUCAUUGGCUAUGAAAUGAGAAACCCAUCACUAGCAUUAGGGUUGCAAAGUUGCAAUUGUCUUGUUUAUGUGCUACUUACAUAAUUGGUUCUUUGAUAGAAUGCUUCCCAAAACUAGCAAUUUUUAGAGCUUGAUGUGGGAAGAUCUUUUUAUCAUGGUAUGGGUGGUGGCUCCUUUCUCUUACAAACAACAAAUUUCUAGAUAUAGUUGUGAUUAAUACUAGGUAAGGUUUUUAGACACAAAUGAAGCUUAUUGGCUAAUAGAUGAAGAUGCAUGUUUGCAUUAGGAGAUAGCAAAUUCUCAUGCUGAACUCAAUUGUCUGUUUGGUAUGCAUAGAAGGUGGUCAAAAUAUCCACCGCCAGAUAGGAACACACAAUUCAUCAAGGCAUCUAUUUUCAAAAUUUAGAGUUUUUUGUUUAGGCUUAAACAUUUGAAUGGAACUCCUAUAAGUUUCUCGUAAUAUCUGAUUGCCCGAACAAUCAGUUUUUAAGAGAAUUGAGUUCUAAUCAACAUGUUCGAUCAAAAUAUUCUAUUUGAUUUACUAAAUGGAAUAUCUUAUA